ACUAAACUUGUGAUUUGUAACUGCACCUAUUAGACUGUUAUACAUUUUAGAGGAUUCCAAAGUGGCCUAUAUUUAAGUCUUUCUUCUAAAUUGUAUUAAGUUAUGGCUUUCAAUGUAAAGUCUGAUAUGUUUAAUAAAAAAUCCCCUAGCCCCAACAAAUCAAUAAUAAUUUCUGCUAGUGAUACAGAAAGUGGAUCUAAAUGUCCGAUUUGUUCCAAGACAUUUCCUUUUUCUCAAAUAGAAGGCCAUGUUAAUAGAUGCCUAUUCCUCAACUCUGUAAACGAUGGCACUUCAUACAAAGAACCUCAGACAGACAAAAGGAAAACAAAUGAGGAGGAAUCAGUUCAGUCUAAAAAGUUCUGUAAAAAUAAGGAGUUAAGCAACGAUCCUUUCACUUCAGUGUCAGCAAAAGAAAAAGGAAAGGAGUUGAGUUCCAAAAUGCCAACAAUUACACUUGAGGGAACUGCUCCUCUCGCAGAACAGAUGAGGCCGUCUUCUUUUGAAGAUUAUAUUGGUCAGGGACAUGUUUUGGGAUCAACAAGCUUACUUCGUACUCUUUUAAAUCAAAAUGAAAUACCAAGUAUGAUACUAUGGGGCCCUCCAGGAUGCGGAAAGACAUCACUGGCUCAUAUAAUCAGCAAGCAGUGCCAAUCUAUAUCCAAGACACAGUAUAGAUUUGUAAAACUCUCUGCAACGAUGGCUGGUGUCAAUGAUGUAAAAGAAGCUGUUAAGAUUGCAAAGAAUGAGUUUACUAACUUCAAGAGACAAACGAUUCUUUUUAUGGAUGAGAUUCAUCGGUUUAACAAACUGCAGCAGGACAUUUUCUUGCCUCACAUUGAGAAUGGCUGCAUCGUCCUGAUAGGAGCCACAACAGAAAAUCCGUCCUUCAGCCUCAACUCUGCUUUGCUGAGCCGCUGUCGAGUGUUUGUGCUGGAGAAGCUUGCCUCGGAUGACAUCAUCAAUAUCCUUACUUCUGCUGCCCAGAGGAUGAACAUCUGCAUCUCCUCAGAGGCUAAAGACUGCAACAACUCCCAAUUGUGUAUUGAUCUCGAGUCACUUGAGUGGCUGGCUGGCAUGUGUGAUGGAGAUGCGAGAAUAGCUCUCAACAGUCUUCAGAUGGCUGUCAAAACUGGCACUCAGACCAACGAGCCAACAAGAAUCACCCUAGAAAACAUUCAGGAAGGCAUCAAGAGAUCUCACUUGUUGUAUGACAAAAAAGGAGAGGAACACUACAACAUAAUUUCAGCAUUACAUAAAUCGAUUCGAGCCUCAGAUGAGAAUGCAUCCCUUUAUUGGCUUGCUCGUAUGUUGGAAGGAGGGGAAGACCCCAUCUUCAUAGCUCGGAGACUCGUAGUUUGUGCUAGUGAGGAUAUUGGUAUGGAGGAUCCUCAUGCUCUCACCAUGGCCAUGUCUGCCAUGCAGGCCUGUCAGCUGAUAGGCUUGCCUGAAUGUGGACUUUUCUUGGCCCACAUAUCAACAUAUCUUGCCAGAGCUCCUAAGUCUCGUGUGGUUUAUGAUGCGUUUAAUGCAGCAAAACAGUGUGUAAGGAAUCACAAGGGAGCCUUGCCCUCAGUGCCUCUCCAUCUUCGCAAUGCUCCCACCAAGCUCAUGAAACAACUAGGAUAUGGUACUGGAUACAACAUGAGGGACAAGAGUUCUUCAAACCUUACUUACAUGCCUGAGGGAAUGGAGAACGUUACAUUUUUCUAA